AUGGACUACCAUGCCGAGUCACUGUCGUCUUGGGAGACUAACUCUGCCUUUUGGGACGAGGGCGUCGGUCGUGACGGGAACAAAUACUGGAAGCGCCUACAAGAGCCUUCACUGCGGCGAAUGCUGGCCUCUCACGUGCAUCCCGACCGUCGCAGCCGCGCCCUGGAUCUCGCGACGGGCAACGGGCUCACGGCGCGCUGGCUCGUCAACAAUGGCUGCGACUCUGUCCUCGCGACGGACGGUGCGGCGGCCCAGCUUGAGCGGGCCCAGAAACGGGCCCUGACGGCCACCGAAAAGGAUCGCAUUGACUAUAGGCAGCUGGACGUCACCAGUUACGACGCCCUUGUGGACGUGCUCAAGGACCCCAGCAAGUCUGACGGCUUUGAUAUUAUUCUGAUCAACAUGGCAAUCAUGGACAUUGCAACCAUCGAACCUCUUGCCAACGCACUCCCGAAACUCUUGAAGGCCGACGGAGUCUUUGUAGCAACGAUCCUUCACCCGGUCUUCUUCACCUCGCGGGCUACGCGUUUGCUCGAGGUGGUCGACUAUAACCCGGGCAGUACGCAGCGGCCUCCGAUCGAUCGAGCCAAGGUGAUUCGGGAAUAUCUGCACAUUCCGCCCUAUCGCGGUGUCGCAGUCUGGGGGCAACCAGCCGAACAGGUCAUCUUCCAUCGAUCCAUGCAGGAGCUCUUUGGGACCUUUUUCCGCGCCGGGCUGGUUCUGGAUGCGUUUGAAGAGCCUGCGUUCACCGAAGAGGACGCGAUCAGUGAGCGCACGUAUGCGCACACCAACUUUCCGCAGUUGCCAGCCAUACUUUCCUUCCGUAUGCGCAGACGUGCCGACGCCCCCUGA